AUGUACGGAUACCCCUACGGCUACGGCUACGGCUACGCCCCGUACGGCGGCUUUGCUCCCUUUGGCGCCUUUGGCUACGGCGGCUUCCCGGCCGGCUACGGAUACUCCUCGGCAGGCGUGGUGAGCUCGGCAGCGGCCGGUGCUGGUGCUGGUGCUGGUGCUGACUCGGCUUGCCCGGCGCCGCCGGCGGAGCGCGACGAGAGCACGCUCGUCCUGUUUGACGUGGAUGGGACGCUGACGCCGGCGCGGCAAAAGUCGACCGCCGAGAUGCGGACGUUCCUCCAUCAGCUGCGCAAGCGGGUGGUUGUGGGCAUUGUCGGCGGCUCGGACUUUGGCAAGAUCAAGGAGCAGAUCGGCGAUGACAUCCUCGACUCGUUCGACUAUGUCUUUGGCGAGAACGGCCUCACGGCGUACAAGGGCUCGGAGCAGCUCGGCGACGACUCGUUCCUGGCAUACCUCGGCGAGGAGCGCAUGCAGGAGCUGAUCAACUUUGUCCUCGCCUAUGUGGCAAAGCUGGACAUCCCUGUCAAGCGCGGCACGUUUGUCGAGUGGCGCAACGGCAUGAUCAACGUCUCGCCCAUCGGCCGCGACUGCUCCCAGGCCGAGCGCGAGGCGUUCAACGAGUUUGACAAGGGCGCCGGCGUCCGUGUCGCCAUGAAGAAGGCCAUCGAGGACAAGUUUGGCGACGCCUUUGGCAUCCAGGUCUCCAUCGGCGGCCAAAUCUCCAUGGACGUCUUUCCCAAGGGCUGGACCAAGGUCUACUGCCUUCGCUACCUCGACGCCUUUGACACCAUCCACUUCUUUGGCGACAAGACCUAUCCGGGCGGCAACGACUACGAGAUCUUCGAGUGCGACCGCACCAUUGGCCAUACCGUCACCUCGCCCGACGACACCCGCGCCCAGUGCGAGGAGCUCUUCUUCUGAUCGUCGUCGAUUAAACCUUACCCAGCGCCA